ACAUUCCAAUUGAACAUGUUGUGGAUGUUAUUUUCUCAUGAAUUCAAGAUCUGUUAUAUUUUUUUAAUUCUGUGUUUAGAUGUAAUUUAUUCAUUCAUGUAAUUGCUUGAUGUUAGGAUUUAAAAUAUAUCUGUUUGAUAUCAAAUGAUAAUUCUGUUCACAUGCUUCUCACAAACCUGCUGGGGCAAAAAUUUCCAUUAAUAUUUGGUUGACAUGGAUUAUUUCUAGGCUGAACUUAGAGCAAGUGUUUUUGAGGCAAUUGAAGAAGAAGAUAGGACAAUAGAAAAGGAAGAAGGUUUGCCUCCUGCACUAUUGGGUAGCUGCAAUGACUGUGCAAAACAACUUCAUGCUUCACCUUCAGGUAGUGGGAAUGUGAAUUGACUAAUUGAAAUACAUGUCACGGACACUUAUAUGGAAGAGACGUGUCAUGUUGGACCUCGUGUCAGACACUGACACACUGUGAAAUUUGAAAUGAGAAGCAAAAUACGUGUGGAAGAGACGUGUCAUUUUGCAACAUGAGAAGCAAAAUGACGGUAUUUACGGCUGCAAAAUUUGAAAGAUAUGUAGACGGUAUUUACUGCUGCAAAAUUUGAAAUUGGAGAGGGAAGAUUGGAAGGGAAAAUUGUUGGGGAGAAGAGGAAAAAGAUUGAUGAUUCAGUGGACAUGGUGGUUUCCAAGGAAGGUUUUGAUGAUGAGGAUAAACUUCUGAGGACUGUGUUUGUUGGGAAUUUAACAUUGAAGGUUAAGAAGAAGGCUCUGUUUAAGGAAUUUAGCCAAUUUGGAGAGGUUGAGUCUGUGAGGAUUCAGUCUAUUCCUCUAUUGGAUACCAAAAAACUGACGAAGGGUGCAAUUAUCCAGAAGAAAAUAAAUGAUGCUGUUGAUAGUGUUCACGCUUACAUUGUCUUUGAAACAGAGCAAGCUGCCCAAGCUUCUUUGGCCCAUAAUAUGGAUGCGGUUGGAGGAAAUCACAUCCGUGUUGACAGGGCAUGCCCACCUCGCAAGAAACUAAAGGGAGACAAUGCUCCACUCUAUGAUAACAAGAGGAUGGUUUUUGUGGGUAAUCUCCCAUUUGAUGUGAAGGAUAAAUCAGCAGAUGUUCGUAAAGCAGCUGAAGUAUGCAUUGGUGAAAUUUUCAGAGUUUAUGGUCUUGAUGCAGUAUGUAGACAAAAAAUUUUGGUGCCUCCUUUGGUUUUUGAACCAGACGAGCACCCUCCCCAACAUAUUUCUUAACAAGUUCACGAAGCUAAAUUGUACUAGACUACUUGGCAGUAUGAGCAUUUUUUAGAGGAUUAAAUAUUUUUGGAUGG